AUGGGCGACGAGCUACCCAUCGAUUGCCCCGCGGUGUCACGGUUGUGCAUGCCGGAACGCGCAGCAGCGCUGCGCGGUGUGAUCGUGGGUGCGGUUUUAUCGAUUGGCAGUAGAACGGGCAGUGUUUUGGAGCGAUUGGCCAAUGGGAGAGGAACGCCGAGUCGCGUACGAGAAUUGGAGGACUUGCUCGAUCUCGAACGAGAUGCACGUGUCCGGUCUGAACGCAAUGCCAACGAGCUGAGUAUUCAGUUGGACACCAUGACUGAGCGCCUUGACGAGUUGAGUGGUACUUCCUCUCAGACUCAAGAUGCCAUUCGCCGUAAGGAUAUGGAGAUUGCGAAGCUGCGUAAGGAUCUGGAGAACGCCAACGCUGCUUUUGAAACUGCCGAGGCCACUCUGCGCCGCAAGCACAACACCAUGAUCUCCGAGAUCUCCAGCGAAGUUGAGAAUCUUCAGAAGCAGAAGGGCAGGGCGGAGAAGGACAAGAGCCAACUCAUGCUUGAAAUCGACAACGUUCUUGGUCAACUUGAUGGUGCCCUUAAGGCCAAGGCCUCGGCGGAGAGCAAAUUGGAGGGCUUGGAUAGUCAGCUAACGCGCUUGAAGGCGCUGACCGACGAUCUUCAACGCCAAAUGGCCGACGUUAAUUCGGCUAAGUCGCGUUUAGCCGCAGAAAACUUCGAAUUGGUUCGUGUGAACCAGGAGUACGAGGCACAAGUUGUCAACUUCUCCAAGACAAAGUCUGUCCUCGAAGGCCAGCUUGACGAUCUUAAACGCGCCAUGGAUGAGGAUGCACGCAAUCGUCUAAACCUUCAAACCCAGUUGUCGAGUCUACAAAUGGACUAUGAUAAUCUGCAAGCACGCUACGAGGAGGAAGCCGAGGCAGCUGGAAAUCUGCGCAACCAAGUCGCCAAAUUCAACGCUGAUAUGGCUGCCCUUAAGACUCGUUUGGAGAGAGAACUCAUGGCCAAGACUGAGGAGUUUGAAGAGCUUAAACGCAAGCUGACUGUUCGCAUUACUGAAUUGGAGGAUAUUGCUGAACAUGAGCGCACUCGUGCCAACAAUCUUGAGAAGACCAAAGUUAAGCUGACAAUUGAAAUCAAGGAUCUACAGGCCGAGAACGAGGCGCUGGCAGCAGAGAAUGGAGAGUUGACGCAUCGGGCGAAGCAGGCGGAGAAUCUGGCCAAUGAACUGCAGCGUCGAGUAGACGAGAUGACGGUGGAAAUCAACACCCUCAACUCGGCCAACAACGCCCUGGAGGGGGACAAUAUGCGCCUCAAGGGCCAGGUCGGCGACCUCACCGAUCGUAUUGCCAAUCUUGACCGUGAGAAUCGCCAACUUGGUGACCAACUGAAGGAGACGAAAUCUGCCCUUCGUGAUGCGAAUCGCCGACUGACCGAUCUGGAGGCUCUGCGCAGCCAAUUGGAGGCGGAGCGCGACAACCUCGCCUCUGCUCUCCACGACGCCGAGGAGGCAUUGAAGGAACUCGAAGUAAAGUACGUCGCCUCGCAGAACGCCCUCAACCACCUCAAGUCCGAGAUGGAACAGCGUCUGCGUGAGAAGGAUGAGGAAUUGGAGAAUCUGAGAAAGAGCACGACUCGCACAAUUGAGGAGCUAACCACCACCAUCUCAGAGAUGGAGGUUCGCUUCAAGUCGGAUAUGUCUCGUCUGAAGAAGAAGUAUGAGGCGACAAUCAGCGAGCUGGAGGUGCAACUAGACGUGGCGAACAAGGCGAACGCCAGCCUUAACCGCGAGAACAAAGCCCUGGCCCAACGGGUUCAGGAACUUCAGACUGCUUUGGAGGACGAGCGACGAGCCCGUGAGGCUGCAGAGAGCAACUUGCAGGUAAGCGAGCGCAAGAGAAUCGCCCUGACUUCCGAGGUGGAAGAGAUUCGCAGCCAACUAGAACUCAGUGACCGCGCUCGCAAGAAUGCCGAGUCCGAGCUCAACGAUGCCAAUGGACGUAUCUCGGAGCUCACCAUGUCGGUCAACACUCUUACUAAUGAUAAACGCCGACUCGAAGGUGAUAUCGGUGUCAUGCAAGGCGAUCUCGAUGAAGCCGUCAAUGCGCGCAAGGCUGCUGAGGAUAGGGCUGACCGCCUGAAUGCUGAGGUUCUUCGUCUGGCUGAUGAACUGCGACAGGAACAGGAAAAUUACAAGCGAGCUGAGACUCUGCGUAAGCAACUUGAGAUUGAGAUCCGUGAGAUCACGGUCAAGUUGGAGGAGGCCGAGGCUUUCGCUACCCGUGAGGGUCGCCGUAUGGUUCAAAAGCUCCAGAACCGGGUGAGAGAGCUCGAGGCAGAGCUGGACGGAGAAAUUCGUCGUGCCAAAGAGGCCUUUGCCAGCGCACGCAAAUAUGAGCGGCAAUUCAAAGAAUUGCAGACACAGAGCGAGGAUGAUAAGCGCAUGAUUUUGGAGCUUCAGGACCUGCUAGACAAGACUCAGAUCAAGAUGAAGGCCUAUAAACGUCAGCUUGAGGAACAGGAAGAGGUGUCUCAGUUAACGAUGAGCAAGUACCGUAAGGCACAGCAACAGAUUGAGGAAGCAGAGCAUCGUGCUGACAUGGCGGAGAGGACGAUCACCAUUAAGAGGACCAUUGGUGGACCCGGUUCCCGUGCUGUUUCAGUGGUUCGGGAGAUAAACAGCGUGUCCCGUGGUAACCGUGCAACCAGUAUCAUGUAG